AUUUUUUAUUUCAGCUCAUGAAACAUGGGACCAACACUUUACAUGUUGCGUUUAUAUUUUUGUUCAGUAUACUUAGGGAUGGGGAUGAAAUGGGUGAGUCACGACAGUGAACCUUCCCGCCUGUCAAGGUCCAGACUUGGCUACACCGCCCUGGUGAUGGCCACCCUCCACACGCUGACCUAUGGCUGGGACCGGGGCUUGGACCCGGAGCAGUAUCGCUUCUACCUCCCUCCCACCUUCCUGCUGGUGCUGGCCCUGCCGCUGGCUGUGCUGCUGGGGAGGCUGGCUCUGUCCCUGCCGUGUGUGGCUCUCCGGCUGAGUCGUAUCAGGAGGGGUUGGGAGAAGAGCCGAGCCAUCCGCUUCACACUGCCUGAGGACGAGUGUAACGGGCCAUCACAGGAUGACAUCAGUAAUGUUUGAGAGAGAUGCUUGGUUUAGUCUUACAUGCAGGGUUGAAUGAAGGAAGCAUGGAAGACACACACACACACAGGCAAGUGGCGAUGGGAGAGAAGUACUGACCGUGUCAUUAUAAGGGAUGGAAUAUCACCAACAGUAGCCUUAUGCAUCAAAAACAAUUUAGGGAUUUCAAUGGCCUUUGUUUUACUAGUGAACAUGCUACUUGUUUGGAUGCCAUUUCAUCUAUAGCACUACUGUUUACCUUGGUAUAUUUAUCAAGAGAAAUGAACUAUGGUUGUAUUGCUCACUAAGCCUCCGGCACAUGUACAGUUAUGCAUUUCGGAUAUGGCUAUUAUAGUGCUGCUUUUAAAUUUGCUGCCGCUACUCCCUUUGACUAAACUGGAAACCAGACAUUGUCAUUGUCUUCCUACUAGUCUCUUAGCCAGUCAAAUACUGGGCAUCCAAUGCUAUCGCACAAAUCAAAAUAAAAGUAGCCUCUGUCUCAGGCUUUCACUUCAAUGUGAGCGAAGCCUGGGCAUCCGAGGCUGUACUUGUAGUACUGUUAGAUGCCUCAGCUCUGUCCUGCUCGCGGCUGAAUCUGGCUCAGCUGUCUGAUUUGCCUGCCCUGACGCUAAGGUCAGUCAGAGCCAAAAUGUUGCAACUCACAACAAUGUCAUCGGUUGUUUGGGGGUGUCAUGCCUGCUUCUGCUGUGUAAUCGCUUCUUACUGCUCGGAGAUGUGUUUAGAAAAUAGACCUUUAUAUUUUCUGCCUUAGAUUAUUGUUGCACUGUUUUUACGCGUCAAUGAAUGCACUAUAAUGUUUAGACUUUACCUGGUCAGAGUCUUUCAAAGAUCAAAUGUGUGUCAAAGAUUGGAGAAAUGUACUAUCAAGUCCCAAAUUGUUGCUGGCACCAAACCCAGUCGAGGAUGGCUCAUGUUUUGUUUCUGUGUUGAAGUUACACUGUGAUAUAGGUAUAAUUUAAAUAUGACAUUGUAUAAAAUGUACUAAUUUUAUUGAAUGAUCAAACAAACCUGCUGUCAUGGUGACUCAAUGGUACAUCUGAAAUUGUAAGAGCUAUUUUAUAUUCUCUGACUGUUACAUUUUUUCUUGCGUCACUUGUGGUUCUGUUAAAUGUACGAAUUUCCAUUGGUUUAUCCACAAAAUGAAAUCAAAGACAUGUAUAUUUUGAUAGUGCUUAUUUUCAGAAUAAACACAGUAUUUUCCACAACUUA